UAACACCAUUUAGAACAACUGAUCAAGAACACGUUGUAAACAAAUACACAAAACUCAGUAGAAAUUGUAUUUCGCGAUUCAUAAAUGAUAAAAAAAUAUUAUUUAACUUAGUUAUUCACAUAAAAUGAGAUUAAAAUUUUUGGUGAUAUUAUUAUUAGUUAUUAAGUUUGCUAUAUCUGGUGCCAAUGAUAAAAACAAAACCUUCGUAGCAACAACCAAUUGGCAAGAAGUAGAAGAAGGUCAAAUCCUUCCGUCGGGUCUGCAUAUACGUGUUAAUUUACAAACUGGUAGGAAGGAAGCAAAACUUUUAAAUAGUAAAGAAGUAGAUGGGAAUAAUAAUAACGGGGCAUUGGUAAAUGUAGAACAAAAUAUUUACGAAGCUAGUGCGAAGGAAUCCCAAGCGAAAAAUAAAGCUAAAUCCAGUAAAACACUUUCUGAAGCUUUCAAAAAUCUUCCCAAAGACAGUUUAGGUAUUGCGUAUUCACCAAAAAAAUUAGAGCAAAUAAAACGCGAUUUUAAAACAUAUAAUGAAUUAAAGGAAUCUUUUAAAAAGUUGCAAAAAGAAUUUCGUUCAGAUGGUGAACUAAUUACAAAACUAAUUGAUGAGUAUAAAAACCUUAGUAAAGAAAAUGAGGAACUACCGACAACGUUAAAUACGAAAAUAAAUACACAACUACGAAUACUUGAAGAUUUCGACUAUCUUGUUCACCAAAUUGACAAUGCAUUGUGGUUUAUUGAUAAAGGAGGCUUAGAUAAAAUUCUUCUACCACUAAUAGUAAACGAAACAAAUAUAAAUUUACGAACAAAAGCCGUCCGUGUGUUAGGUGCUUUAACACUUAAUAAUCCUAAAGCUCAAAUAAAAGUUUUUGAAAAAAAUAUCGGAGGUUAUUUAGCUCAAAUUCUUAUAUCGUCGGAACACUCGGAAGAGUUAUCAUCGGCAUUAUACGCUUUCGGUAGCCUUUUAAGAAAAUUUCCUUUGGCAUUACAAAGAAUACUCUCAACAUCGGGAACACAAGCGUUGGUAGCCGUGCUUGCAAAAAAAUGUGAACUAAAAGUGAAAGCGAAAUCUAUAACACUUAUAAGCGAUAUAAUUGUCGAAAAAAGACUUGUUCUUUCGAAAUACGCUGACUCGGAUAGCCCAUUAGCUGCUGCACAGUAUGCUGAUUUAAAUCUACAAGAAUGGCUGCAUUUGAGUGGUUUUUGCGAAACUGUCGAUAGUUUAGUUUCUACACAACUUUAUGAACUAUUGGAUCAACCAGAUAUAACCGAGUAUUUUAUAAUAGGCUUGGAAAAUGCGGUAGAAAUUUGUGAAUCUGUUUGGUCAAAAAGCGUACAACUAAGGCAUACUUUAUUAACCAUAAAAAACCGUUAUAUGCACACUAAAGAAGAGUACCAUGGGGAAGUUGCACAGCAAAUUGAAAAGCUAGUUAAAAUUCUUUACAGUCUAAACAAUCGUGAUGAACUUUAAAGUUUACACACCUAUUAAUAAAAACUUUUGUGAUAAACUAAAUUAAAAUAUUAACUUUAACAUGUGUACAUAAGUGUGUUGCUUAAAUUAAAGAAUUUCAAAUUUAUUGUAUUGUAUAAGGGCGACCUAAAUAAAGAGGACAGUACUUUUUUAUGAUUAAAAUUUCA